AUGUAUCUUCUUCUAGGCGAAUAUGACGUCAUGGCGUCAGAAACGAAGGAUUUAAAAUUGCAACAAAACGUCGAGAGUAGGAAAGCUAAAACAAUGUAUGGGUCCGAAUCGACCGGUAUCAACAGAGCUUUUUGGCUGGGCAAUGACGGCAAUAGUUCUAUUGAUUCAGCAGCAUCUCGGCUAUCGUGCGUGGCAACACGGGUGCCCUUUUACAAGCAUUACUGUAACAUGAAAAAAAGUCUCGCCGACUGCACCGAAACAUCUCAUAAUGCUACGUCUCAGGCAUGCGUGAGAUUAUUUUCAAGUACCUGCAGCGCUCAAUUGCAUCCAACCCACUACACUUAG